UUCGGGACUGGUCAAGUAGUUAGAGACGGGGAAGGUGAAAAAGGAGUGAAGUGAAGAUGGCGAGAGGGUCCCGGUGUUUGCGGAGAGCGGUAGCAGAAUGUAUUAAGCAGUUACCGUCCACAGCAGCUCGAGAAACACCGGGAAAGAAUGGAGUGAGAUAUUUGUCGUCAUGUGGCAUUCUGAUGACCCGGAUGCCACCUCUACUAAGGACCGUGUCUGGCCGUGCUGCAAUCUCUCCAGCCAGAAGCUUCUUCAACCUCUCAGAGUCCUUCAAUAAGAGGAAAGAAUAUUCUGAGAGGCGCAUCAUCGGGUAUUCCAUGCAGGAGAUGUAUGAAGUGGUGGCAAAGGUAGAGGACUAUCUUCAGUUUGUGCCCUGGUGCAAACGCUCAGAUGUGAUCUUCCGGAGGUCUGGCUUCUGUAAGGCCAAGCUAACUGUGGGCUUUCCUCCUGUGGUGGAGAACUACACAUCCCUUGUUACUACAGUGCGCCCUCAUUUGGUCAAGGCUUCAUGCUCAGAUGGUAAACUUUUCAAUCACCUGGAGACAGUCUGGCGUUUCAGUCCUGGCCUUCCUGGCUACCCUCGCACAUGCACCCUGGACUUUGCUAUUUCCUUUGAGUUCCGCUCCCUCUUGCAUUCUCAGUUGGCCACUGUGUUCUUCGAUGAGGUGGUCAAGCAGAUGGUAUCUGCUUUCGAACGACGGGCCUGCAAACUGUACGGCCCUGAGACACAGAUACCACGUGAGCUGAUGUUCCACGAGGUCCACCACACGUAGCCUCUCUGCACUCUGGGGCCGGCAGGGCAGGAGGGUAUUCUGGGGAUUCUGGGAAGGAGGGGGCCUUUGGAGGGUGGGGGAGGGUUGAGCCUCAUAGAGACAAGUUCACGUGCCUCAGUAACUACAGUGCCUGGUCCAAACGAAACAUUUGAUUUUAAGUUUUUAACCUAAUUUUUUGUUGCUGGAUCUAAUAUUUGGGCUUGACAGCAUCUGCGGAGCCCUGCCUAUCUGCCUCACUCCUUCUGUGGGUAACAUACUGUGUACGGAGUACACUUGAGCCAUACUGUUUUUAAUGGCGGCUGGCGAAGGGGAGCAUGUGGAUGGCCUGAUAAGGGUUUGGUGAACAGGUAUUGGUAUUGUCAAUGGUGCGCUAUAAAUGAAAAAGGACAUGGAGAUUGAGCCUGUUAUUUGAGGACUUGAGCCAAAGUUAUUUUUCAGGAGAGGCUUUUUUUAUUUUUUAUUUAAUAAACGCAUAAAAACCAUUUGAGCAGAGCAGAACUGGAUGGUCCAGUAAGGUGGAAUGUGUAAAACCACCUGUAUCUAUUAAAAAAGUGAUAGGGUUAUACAAAAAAGGGACAAGGAGACUUGCUUAAGGUGCACAGUAUAGAGAGGGUAUAGUGUAUUAUUAUGUUGACUGAUGCUGCAGCCAAGUGCACAUGUCCAAUCAAGGCUGCCUAUAGGACUGACUAGCAGACUUUUGGUUUUCCAAACCAGCAUCAAGGGCUUUCCAUCACACGAGUGCUUACAAGAUUAUCUCAACAAAAUGAACACUUGCACAGCAAUAACUUUCAGUCGUGCAUAGUGACAACAUGGUUGCCAAGUCUGAAGGAAAGGAUUUUAAGUUAGAACAUUUUAGCUUUGCUAAAAGUGCUUUAAUUACUAUUUUUCACUGAUGGGAGCACAUAAUGUAACAUCUUAUGGUGUAUCUCAGUAAGUGUCCAGAUCAAAGGACUAUUGUUUAUUGUAAAAGUGUGCAAUAUAUUUGUAAAGAUUGAUUUUUAAGAUGGAUAGUUUCUUGCAAGUUAGGAUGUCCUCUGCUUCUAAAAGGGCCCAAACUCAGGGGCCUGGGGGGGAAGUGAUCUUUCCAUCAGGACACCCCUGAGAUUGCUGUAGUAGUGAAGUAUCUGCCAAAUUAGACCGUAAAGAUUCCAAUUCAACACCCAUGCCCUUACUGCUUUUUUUACCUAGUGAGUUACAUAUUAUUUAUCAUUAUCAUAAAAUACGUAUGCGUUGACAUCCUAUAAAAUAUUUAUUUUGGUUCCGGGAAAACCACAUGUACAUAACUGAUGUAAGACCACAAACUAGAAUACAGUGUACAAUAUAUAUAUAUUUUUUUGUUUGUCUGUUUCUUAUAGGGGGAUGUUUUAGUAUUGAUUAGGGGUUUUAAUGAGUGUCAUGGUAUGUAUCCAGCCUGCAUGGUUCAUAAACUAUUUUUAUAUUUAAAAAUCAGCUUGUCUGGUGUGGUGUCUGCAGAGUGUCUUGUUUGUCAACAUCAAGUUCAGACUGGUUUCACCUUCAAAAUAGAUAAUCAUGUGAGGGAUAAUAUUAGCUGUACACGUCAUAGCAGCUGGUGGGCUGGGUUAAGUGCAACUUUGCAUUACACAAUUACAUACAACAUCAGUAAAUAACCAGGAUAAUAAUUUUUUUUCUCUUCUUCUCUGACUAAAGUGCCCAAAGCUAUAGCAUUGCUUCACAUGUAAAGGGGUAUUCUUGCCUACAACAAGCAUUUGGUGUGUUAUCUGUCAUGUUAUGCAACAUUUUGUAGUGGAGUGUUGCAUCAUACAUCAGAUAGACAGAAUUCAUGUUCAAUUCAAUUUAUAUAUUGUGGCUGUUCAAGGAAAAACGUCUCUCCAUUUUUUUUUCCAAUUGAUAAUUUUUCAUCAUGAUGAUCCCGACAGCUACUGUUUACAGUGGGUAAAAAAUGUAUUAUGAUGUUACUGUUGGACCAAUAGAAAUGAACAUUUCGCGCUAGAGCUAUAAAAGUUGCAAGUGUUGUAGCACACUUUUUUUAGAUAUACAAAUAACAAAAUGCUUCUAAAAAGUAUCAGAAGUGUAAGAAAUUGUCAUUUAAACUACAGAAAAUAUGCAGCAUGUAAAAGGUUAUUACUUGAAAGCUCAUUUUGUGAAAUAGAUUAUUAAUUUGUGCACAGUAACUCACGUUCCCCACAACACUCUGGGGCAGUAGAAGCACACAAGUAGCAUUUUUCUGCAUCUUAAAAGUGUGAAAAAACCCACACCAGCAGUAUGGCUGGAAGUACGUGUAAUGCUAAAAUGGGAAAUUAAAUUGUUUGUUAUCUAAA